AUGAACGAAGAAAUCGAAGAAUUGAUAUUUUUUAAUUCUAUCCCAAACUUCAUCAAAGACUUAGACAAUUUUGGGGUAGAAUUAAGACACCUAGUCAAACAUCUGAGAUUGAUUAUCAAAUCAUUGGCAGAUAAGACUAAUUAAAAUCAUAUAGAGUUAAACAAAGCACAUAGAUCUUUGGAAAUAGAAGUUAAAAAGAUAAUAGAACUCUUCAAUGAGAUCCCAGCCAUGGUUACAAAGAUGUAGCUUAGUAUUAAUAAAGCAAGGAUUAUAUUAUAAAGGAUAAAACUUCCACAUAAUAAUUAUAGAUCUGAGAACUAAGAAAUUUAUGAUGAAUAUUUAUAAUUAUAAGGGGAAAAUUCAAGACUUGAAUAGUUAAUAUAGAGACGUAUCAAUAAAGCUGCAAUCAUUAGUCAAGUGUGUGAGGAGUAGAAGAAUAUUUUACAAUUUGAAAUAACAUAAUUAAAAGAGGAUAAUAAGAAGAUAAUUGAGCUUUAUCAAUUAUUAUAAGGAAUAUAAGAAAAGGAAUUUUUAUUGUCUAAGAUAUAAUCAUAAAGACAAGAGAUAUGGCAUUAAAUGAAAUAGGUGAAAUCAGAAGAAAUAUAAUAAUUAAAUUAUAUUGAGUUGAAGCAACUAGAAUAGAAAUGCAUUGAUAUCAUUCGAUAUAUAUCAUCGUAUUUUGGUUAGAAUAGAAUGCCUCAUUAAUUUAUUGGAUUAAAACUAUGGGCAGAAUCUGAGUUGAUGGCUCUUAAAAUAAAGUUUGAUGUUCCUAAGGUAAACCUUAAUCUUUGGACUCUUCUUUAAAAUUAAGAAUUGAGAAAUUCGUAAAAUGGGAAUAUAGUGAGGAAUAAAAUGAGGAACAGAAUGUUUCAUAAUAUCCAAUACUUCCACAAUCUGAAUCAAGAUAUCAGUGUUUAAUAGCCUGAUGUUGAAAUAGAGUUGGAUAACUAAUUUGAGUAGCUAAUGAAGAGUUACUUUAAUUAAAUGAAACUUAUACUAUUUAGAAAAACAUGUAGACAGCUGCAAUAUAUUUAAAUGACGAUUACAUGUAGGGUCUGCUUUCGUCGCAUGACUAAGAUCGUCUGGUAAAGUUCAGGAGAAAUGUGUCUCAUUUGUAAAUAUUCUUUAAGCUAAUGA